UGUGGUUGCACGCGCAUUUUUCAAAUUGCAGUUUCUGGGGAAUAUUUUCGGUUGAAAAGUCUUUUUAUUGAACCGGUGGUUCAUGUUUGAGUUGUUUUGUUGAAUUUACUUGAUGGUAACAAUUAAAAAGCCAUAUUUCUGAUAUGGCAGAGAAUCGAUGUUUCGAGGCAGUAGUUAGUUUAAUCGAGGACGUUUUGGUCAAACGGUGGUUCAGUGAUCUUUCCUGGAUCAAAAAAGCUACUUGGGAUGAUGUUUAUCAUUCUGUGAGAGAAAGACAGCUUCACAGGGUCAAGCAAAUUCUGGUAAACAUUUUUGGUGAGGACAAUUACAAGGAGAAAAUUGAUGACAAAACCCUUCAAARGUUGUGCUGCAUUGUUAAAGAGAUUGAAAGUCAUUCUGUUGCCAAAAGAAAACAUUUCUUGGAUCGUUCAUCAUGCUGUGUUCUUGCCCUGUUGAGUAUCGUCCUUGAACAGUGCCAAGAUGAUUCGACCAUUAAUAAACACCAAAUAGAAAUAGUCCUUAAUACCUGCACCAACAACACAGUGAAACUUCRAGAGUUGCUUUCCAUGGAUAAUCUUAGUUCUUUAGAGGACAUGGUGACCACUUGCUGCAAAGGAAUGACACCGAUUCAUUUCGCUGUUUUGUGGGAUAACAUCGAGUCUUUACAAGUUCUCUUGAAAUACGUAGCAAAUACAGAGUUAAUCAAUCACAAGGAUUUAUACAGUUACACAGCUCUACAUUAUGCAGUGCAGUAUCCAAGUACAACAGCAGCACGCAUGUUGUUAGAUUAUGGUGCAGACGUAAACGCACAGCUUCAGUUUGGACAUACGCCUCUUCACCUUGCUGCAUUCCGCGUAGACCCUAAGCUUGUCCUUCUUCUGUGCCGACAUGGGGCUGAUGUGAGUGCUGUGACUUCAUUAGGCGAGACACCUCUAACUACGGCUACCCGUUUAGGAAGUAURUCACGUGUUGAGCAUCUUGAUUUGCAUCUAACUACUAUCUCCUUAUUACUUCGCUACGGGUCUUCYCCAAACGCUCAUGACAAACAAGGUAGGACGCCGAUUUUCUAUGGGUGGCGUUUCAGCCAAGAUAAACGUUGUGCUUUAAUGUUGUGUUCUGCAGGAGCAAACUUAGCUUUCCUGCCUAAAAACUGCACAUUUGAGUCAAAUUCUGUAAUCCCGUUAAACACUUCACAAGAAUGCCUAAUGUUCAUGUUUCGCCGUUUUCUCGAAACAGUUGGGAAAACUCCAUUACGGCUGGAAAUCAUUUGCCUUAUAGAGGUACGAAAAGCGAUGGGGAAAUCUUUCCAGCAAGGCGUUCAAGAAUUACCGCUGCCCAGCAAAUUGAAACAGGCGCUACUUUUUCAAACUCUACCGAAGUUAGUUUAAACCAGUAAGCCAAAUGAGAUUAUCUUUUAUGCGCUUCUUCGAUUUAUCAUUUUUAGCAAGUAGCAUAUAUGAUAAAUAUUUAUGUUUUUUAGACAAUAAACAAAUACACACAAAAACAGUUAGAAACAACAACGACACAAGAGCGCGGUUCCUGAGUUGUAAUGAAGGUUGUAAUUGCUGAGUCUUCGAUUGGUUUUCCG